AUGCCCUCUCCCGCCCUGCUCGGCUGCAUAUGCCUGUCCGUCCUGCUCUCCCCCGUCGCUGCGCAGGAUGCUCGCCCGUCCGAUGGCCUCGUCCAAACCCCGCCGCUGGGCGCGCCGCAGUUCUUCCUGCGCACCCGCCAGUUUGACAUGCAGCCCGUCUAUCUCGUGCCGCUCAACCAGUCCAUGUCCGACCGUCCGCCAGAGGGCUUCAAUGCUACCGGCACGCUGGUCGACGUCUCGCCGGAAAACGCCAGCCAGCUCGACGAGUCCCAGAUAGCUCUGGUCAGCUGUGACGACUCGGCCUAUCCCGGCAUCCUCAAGGUCAACGACACCCUGGAGAUGCUCAUCGCCCGCUCGCCCACCGCCGCCGCCACCAUCCUCUACUCCCUCGAGUCCAAGUACUGCGCCUACGACCCCGACCCGUCCCUGCCCCCCUACCCAAACAUCUUCUCCAUCACCCGCCCUCCGCUGGCCGGCGAGGUGCUCCGCAAGCUCGACUCCAGCCCGCGCGGCACCUCCUCCAUCCUUGCUGAAGCACCCUCUCCCUCCGCCGACGAGGGCUCCAUCGCCACCAGCUACCCCGACUCGUCCAUGGAGCGCAACCGCCAGAACAACAACACCCCGACCACCUCGGUCGCCAUGAUCAUCCUCUACGCCGUCACCGGCGUCAUCACCCUGCUCUUCCUCGGCGUCAUCGUCACCGGCGCCGUGCGCGCACACCUGCACCCCGAACGCUACGGCCCCCGCAAUGUCGCCGGUCGCCCGCGCCAGAGUCGCGCCAAGGGCAUCGCACGCGCCAUGCUGGAGACCCUGCCCAUUGUCAAGUUCGACGACCUCGACGAGCCCGCCACCCAGCCCAGCACCGCCCGGAAGAGCGCAGAUGUCGAGAUGGGCGCGCAGCAGCAGCAGCGGGGCCAGCAAGAGCAUCUCGCAGACGACAAGGAGCUCGCCGGGCGCGACGCAAGGCCCUCGCUGGACUCUAGGGCCACAAACCGCGAUGGACAGAUUGGCUCUGCCGCCUCGUCUCCUCCGCGAGCAGGCACGCUGGACGAGCCGCCGAUCGAGACUGCCGGCACGCUGGGGUGUCCCAUCUGCACGGACGACUUUGAAAAGAGAGCAGGAUGUCCGCCUGCUGCCCUGCGACCACAAGUUCCACCCCGAGUGCAUCGACCCGUGGCUGGUGAACGUGUCUGGGACCUGUCCUCUCUGCCGAAUCGACCUCCACCCUCCAUCCUCCGCCGGCGGAGAAGCCAUGGACGAAGAAGACAUCUACGGCAUCCCCAUGGCGCCAGACUACGACCGACCGCUGCCGCCGCCCCUGCAGGACAACAGAGGGCCCGGCAACGAACCCGAGGCCAGCCGCCGUCCGCGCCGCCGCAGCCUGGCGACGUACAUCCAGUCGACCAUCAACGCGAUGCCGCCCAACGACGCGUCGAUCGAGCAGCGACUCGAGGCGGUGCGGCGGCUGCGGUCAGGCACGGCGGCAACGGGCGCGAUUGGGCCGUCUGUGAGCGAGGGACGGAGGAGCCGGCGCUUCUCGACGUUGCUGUUGGAUUCGUUCAGGAUUCACACGCGACGCCACGGCGAUGA